UCUGCUUAUGACUCAGUUGCUAGACAUAAGCGAAACAAUAACAGUUGUGGUGAGACUUUAUAUCUCAGCUCUAGGGCAAGUAGUUACAGGUUUGGUUUAUCAAGCUUUCGAGGACAUUCUACAUUUCCUCUGACCCGUUUUGCCCAAGCCACUUUUAAUGAGAUUAGGUCCCUUUAGUAUAGAAUCUUUUUUUUCUACAGUAGCCUAGCUGUGCAGGAGUGGCCAGAGCCAAAAGCAGCUUUUCAGAUCAGAUUUCACCUAAACCAGCUGGGAGAGAGAACGGGAGGGCUGUCAUUCUCCUUCCUCGCCGAUCCAGAAGAGCUCAUAUAGGGGAAAGAAAGGGAGAACAGUGUGAGGGCGAAAGAGUGGAAUAGAAGGCAGGAGGAUCCAAAGGAAUUUCCAAGGAUAUUUCUUCUGUCACCGUUGAGGAAAAAAGUGUUUGUCAGUUGGGGGCGAGGCAGAGACCGUGGUCAAGGAUGGACGAGCAACCUAGGUUGAUGCACUCCCACGGACUGGGGAUGGCCGGACACCCUGGCCUGGCGCAGCAUAUGCAGGAUGGCACUGGAGGGACGGAGGGAGAGGGAAGGAAGCAGGACAUCGGAGACAUAUUACAGCAAAUAAUGACCAUUACAGACCAAAGCCUGGACGAAGCGCAGGCCAGGAAACAUGCAUUGAAUUAUCACAGGAUGAAACCAGCACUCUUCAAUGUUUUGUGUGAAAUUAAAGAGAAAACAGUGCUCAGUAUCCGUGGCGCCCAAGAGGAGGAGCCGCCAGACGCCCAGCUCAUGCGAUUGGACAACAUGCUCCUGGCAGAGGGUGUGUCUGGACCAGAAAAAGGGGGUGGCUCUGCGGCAGCCGCAGCAGCUGCAGCAGCAGCAGGGGGCGUAGGGCCGGACAACUCAGCCGAACACUCAGAUUACCGGGCCAAACUGACCCAGAUUAGGCAGAUAUACCACACAGAGCUGGAGAAGUACGAACAGGCCUGUAACGAGUUCACUACCCAUGUGAUGAACCUGCUGAGGGAGCAGUCUCGGACACGUCCCAUCUCGCCCAAGGAGAUUGAGCGCAUGGUGGGCAUCAUCCACCGCAAGUUCUCCUCCAUCCAGAUGCAGCUGAAGCAGAGCACCUGCGAGGCCGUCAUGAUCCUGCGCUCCAGAUUCCUUGACGCCAGACGGAAGAGGAGGAACUUCAAUAAGCAGGCAACGGAGAUCCUGAAUGAGUACUUCUACUCUCACCUCAGUAACCCCUACCCCAGUGAGGAGGCCAAGGAGGAGCUGGCCAAGAAGUGCAGCAUCACAGUCUCCCAGGUAUCCAACUGGUUUGGUAACAAGAGAAUCCGAUACAAGAAGAAUAUUGGUAAAUUUCAGGAGGAGGCCAACAUGUACGCAGCAAAGACGGCUGUGAGUGCAACGAGCGUGUCUGCUCAAGGCAGCCAGGCCAACUCACCCUCGACCCCCAACUCAGCAGGUUCUGCUGGCUCUUUUAACAUGUCCAAUUCCGGAGAGUUAUUCAUGAGUGUGCAGUCUCUCAAUGGGGACUCGUACCAGGGGGGGCAGGUGGGAGCCAACAUUCAGUCCCAGGUGGAUACUCUUCGCCAUGUUAUCAGCCAGACAGGAGGAUACAGUGACAGCCUUGCCGCCAACCAGCUGUACAGUCCACAGGGCAUCAACACAAACGGUGGCUGGCAGGAUGCCCCAACCCCCUCGUCAGUGACCUCACCCACAGAAGGACCCGGAAGUGUUCAUUCGGACACCUCCAACUAAAUAAUUCACAUUUCUAAACCAGGCCCCACAACAAUGAACUGGCUUUGCCAAUCACAGUAUUAAAGAUGUACAGAGCCUAAUCUACGGAAUCUUCUAGUUUCGAGGGGUGCUGCAGGAUCCUAACUUACAACCUUAUGACCUUUCUUAAGCUGCUGAUGGACAUUUGGGAUACAUUCUGCAUCUUUCAGAAUAAAAAAAGAUAAAAACAACAACAAAAAGGUAUAGCAAUGAUGUUUGUACAGACUUCACAAGAUGUUCAGAGAGUAAGGGUUACAUAGAUAUUUACCUGAUAAGAUUAAACCCAUAAAACUUUGAUUGACAAAUGCUUUAUUCUACCUCUCUGGCAACUAAAAGGUAGAAUUAUCAGAAUGUUAUUUGUUUGGAAAUAACAUAUUUGUGAGCAAGAGGCUCCCCAUCAUGAUUGAUUUUGCAGUCUUUUCCCUAUUCAUCAUAGUCAUAUAGAUGUGGCUCCCCUGUUUACAGUGUGUGCUUGUAAAACUUGCUUUUGCCCUCUACAACAAGGAAGACUCAAAUGAAACUAUUUGGUGUUUUCCUACUGCCCCAAACCUAAUGGAAGAUACAGGUCCACCUGGUGUAUACAGCGUGACUAGCACUGGUUGCGGUACAUUUGCAACAUAUUGAUUCGAGGUGGCCAAAUUAUGUAAUGGAAAUUGACUAUCCACAGUAGCUGUUUGUCUUCCUGGUUUAGCGCUUGUAAGCCCACCUUCCCUUUGUAACCUAUCAAAAUGUGUGUGUCUGCCGUGGAUUCCAGGAGGGCCUGGAAACCUUCUGUCCAACCUGUUGUCUGUUGAGGGUUUGUGAACUUGAGGGAAUAUUUGAUCUUUCGUCUCCCCCAGAAAGGUAAACCUGUGAAAUAUGUCACGUGUAAAACUAAAAUAAAUACCUGUCAUCAACAAUCCA